AAUUUUCAUUAUCUCAUUUUUAUCGUUCAAUCCUCUUCGCCACGAAAUAUAAGGUCACUGUACAAUAAAAAUACUAUCCAAUUCCACGUAAGUUCUUCAGGCGAUUUACUAAAUAUUAUUUUUUUAAUUUGUAACAAUUGGCCAACAUGUACCAAUUAGCCGCAAUGAAAAACUUUUCAUUGCUAUUGCUUGUGUUGACUACCUCAGUAGUUUUGGCAGUAGCCGAUAUUCCACGUCCUCGAGGAGUUCCGCUAUUCAAGGCGUCUUUAUACGCUCCCCGUUCUGAUAACAGUUGGGUCUGUUUAGAUGGUACGAAAACUAUUCGCUAUACACAGUUAAACGAUGACUACUGUGAUUGUGCGGAUGGCAGUGAUGAGCCAGGAACUUCCGCCUGUGUAAAUGGCCAAUUUAAUUGUGAAAAUAUUGGAUACCGCGCUGAAGACUUACGUAGUUCACUUGUUAAUGACGGAGUCUGCGAUUGCUGUGACGGUAGUGAUGAAUGGGCCGAUGGUGCUGUGCAUUGUGAAAACACUUGUUUAGAACUUGGUCGAAUAGAAGAAGAAAAGAAGCGAUCAUUGGCAGAUUUGCAUGAGCGUGGUAGUGCAAAACGAGCAGAAUUCAUUGCCAGAGGAAAGCAAAUGCGUGCCGAGCGUGAGACACGACGUAAAGUGCUUGAACAGAGACGUAGUGAACAGGAGGCUGUAAAAGCUGAAAAGGAGGAAUUGAAAAGAAAUGCAGAAGCCGCUGAGGCUGAAGCAUUGGAAUUAUUCAGAGAACAACAAAGAGAAAAGGAUGCAGCAGCAGCUGAAGAAGCAAGAUCACAAGACGAUUCUCAAACAACGCGUUAUGAAGCUGAAGCUGCCUUUGUAAAAUAUGAUGCCAACAAGGAUGGCUUUGUCGAAAUUACUGAAUUAAUGGUAGACAUGACGCUGGAUCGUGACCGCAACGGUAUCGUAACGGUUGAAGAAGCGAAAUACUUCCUCGAUGAACGGGAUCGCAUCGACUUGGACUCGUUUUAUGUUCUAUCGUGGCCCCGAAUUAAACCAAUUAAAAUGCUUGCUGAAGGUAUUUUUAAACCACCAAUGCAAGAAGGAGAAGAGCCAGAACAAAACGAGCCUUCAAAUAAGGAAGAGGUACCAGAUCAAGAGACCGAAGAAGAAUCGGAAAAUGAAGGUGCAUAUGGAGAAGAAGAUUUAUAUGAAGAUGAAGAAGGAGAAGGAGAAGCUGAUGUUGGUGUAGGUACUGUAGCAGAUGAAACACAUACAGAACCAGAUUAUGACCCGGAGACGAAACGUUUAAUUGAUCUCGCAAACGAGGCACGAAAUGCGUUCUCCGAAGCCGAACAGAGAGUGCGAGAAAUAGACCAUGAAAUUAGAGAUAUUGAUGAUCAUGAAUCUAAAGAUUAUGGUCCGAGUGAAGCAUUUUUCGCACUGGACGGCGAAUGUUUUGACUAUGAGGACCGUGAAUAUGUAUACACACUCUGUCCUUUCGAGCGCGCUACGCAGAAAUCCCGCCACGGUGGUCCAGAAACAACAUUAGGUCGUUAUGAACAAUGGAUUAGUGAUGGUGACAAAAAAUAUGAGAAACAGAAAUAUGCACAAGGAGCUGCAUGUUGGAACGGACCGCAGCGCUCAACUAUUACUGAAUUUAAAUGCGGACUGGAAAAUAGGAUUACUUCGGUAACUGAACCUAGUCGUUGUGAAUACAAUUACAUAUUUGAAACACCCGCCGCUUGUGACGGCGCUGCUACACAUGAUACACGUCAACGUGAUGAGCUUUAAAAGAAAGUUACAUUCAAUUCGUAAAGAAAUGGUAAAAUAACGCUGCCAUUUUUAAAAUCGAGAACUAUGCAGUAUGGAAUUUCCCACGAAAUAGAGUUUAAUAUUAUUUUAAAUAUGAAGUAAAAAGUAACGGUGAAUUCAAUGUAUUUAAUAACUGUAAUUUGUAAUUGACAUUUAGGAGCAUCAUCAGCAUUCCUUUGAUAGUAAAUCAUCAGCCCAGCAGGAAGUUUAUUUAUACACUUUUUAUAAUAACAUAUAUACAUAAGUUUAUUUAGUCAAUGUUUUUCAUUUGUAUUUCAAUGAGAUAAAAAUAAUCUGAAAUGUUUGCUUCAACAACUUUCCGAUUGAAAUAAAGUGUAUAUUGGGUUAUUUAUAA